UAAUUGCAUUAUGAAAUCAUAUAAGUUUAUUAUGGAUUAUUUUUUUUUUAAUAUAAGCGACGGAGUGAGUGAAGGUCAGUUUCCCCACGUAAUGCAUUUCGAGCUUCAAGCUAUAAAAAAUGCAUGCAGACGAUUCGGUCAGCCGAGUAGGUAUGAACCGAAGAUAACGUUACUGGUCGUUCAAAAGCGACACCAUAUCCGAUUGUUUCCGACUGGUAUAAAAAAUUCAGACGACCAAGAUCGAGGUAAAAAUGUGCAAGCAGGCACCAUCGUCGACAGCAAUAUCACUCAUCCCUCGCACGUAGACUUUUAUCUGGUCUCCCACGCCAGUAUCCAGGGUACUGCAAGACCUACUAAAUAUCGUUGCCUAUGGGACGACAAUAAAAUGUCUGAAGAUGACAUUGAGACCCUCACCUAUUAUCUUUGUCACAUGUUCAGCAGGUGUACUCGUUCUGUGAGCUAUCCAGCUCCCACUUACUACGCUCAUUUGGCAGCUUUUCGAGCUCGAGCGCUUAUCAACGGAGUUCCUAUUCAAAUGGAUAAUCUCGAAAGGGAACAACUGACCAAACUUACUUUGAGACCGGAGUUGCUUAGCAGCAAUCCUAUGUUCUUUGUUUAAACUUUUGAACGUUCCUUUGUCCACCGGAGUGCUUUUAAGCGUUUAAAUUUGUCUUCUAUUGUGCCUUAUUGCUGUGAUAUUUUUAUUUAUACUUGAAGUAUUUUAAAUUUUUACAUACAAUCUAUUUGAGAAAAUUCUCAAGUUGAGAUUUUUCCGUGAAAAUGCCUAAAUUCAAAAAUUUGAUGUGAUCUUUUUUGUUGGGAUAGAGAAUCAUUAGUUUUUUAAUUUAAAUAUUGAAAAAAAUCUAAUUAUAAAAUUUUCGAAUGCGUUAAUUGUUUUUAGUUAUUACUUUUAAAUAUUUAAAAUACAAUUACUGUGAAAGAGCAUUAGAAUUGAUGAAAACUUUGUCGUUAUCAGUAUUAACUUUUGUCAAACUAACAAAUUAUAUUAAACUUUCCAGAUUGAUGCGAGAAGUUUAAAUUUUCUUAGUCUAUAUUGAUAUUACUCUAAAUAAUAUUGAUUACACUUUGGAAUUUCGAAUAAAAACAAAAGCAAAGUCUGAUAAAUAUCAAAUUACCCCUAAUUUAUUGAAGCGUAAAAUUCUGAACUGUUAUUUAUAAAUGUAUUGACGUGUAAAUAAAAAAAAGAAAAAGAAACUGCCGGCACAUGUGUUGGAUGAAUUCCCAUUGAUAAAGCUUGAUAAGAGCUUAAAACUUGAAAAUAAUAUCGUGAUCUCAGUUUAUUUACUAUCGAUAGGUCUUAAAUUAAUGCAAUAAGAGCAUAAGGUUAAGCGUGUAAGCUCAUUACUGUACUCGUAACUCCAGAAUUCAUGAUGUACACUACCAAUAAGAUUACUGCUCAAGACGUAUUUAAAGAGUACUAACAAAGGUAAUAAAUUCACCUGGUGGUGCUUCGACGCAUGUAAGAGCGCGCCUAUUGAUCUACUUCUAGUUCUUGCGGGGAUGCAUGCGCAGAGAAAAUAAUAUCUACGCGUUUGCAAGCUGCGUCGCGACACUUGGACGCUCCGAGGCUGUUCGUUCGUCCUCGUGAAUUCACCAGUGGUAAACUUUGUUCCUCGUUCAUUGUAUCCCUAAGAGUGCACAGUAAAAAGUGCAUUAUCUCUCAUAUAAUUCACCCUGUAAUACACAAUAAUUUUUUUGUAACGUGUGAGGUAACUGUGUACAAAUCUGAGAUCUCUGGUAUGAAUUUCAUCGACGGACUCAG